AUGAGAGUCUACGAGGACAGUUUCUCCGGCCAGAAGAUCUACCCUGGCAAGGGCAAGCUCUACGUCCGUGGUGACAGCAAAAUCUUCCGUUUCCAGAACGGCAAGUCCGAGUCGCUCUUCCUCCAGCGCAAGAACCCCCGCAAGAUCUCCUGGACCGUCCUUUACCGCAGACAGCACAAGAAGGGUAUCUCAGAGGAGGUCGCCAAGAAGCGCACUCGCCGCACCGUCAAGAACCAGCGUGCCAUCGUUGGUGCCUCGCUCGAUGUGAUCAAGGAGCGCCGUUCGCAGCGCCCCGAGGCCCGUGCCGCCGCCCGCGCCGCCGCCAUCAAGGAGGGCAAGGCCAAG